UUCUCAUACAAAUUUCUUCUGUCAGAAAUAUUAGAAAAGAAUCGCACAAUUCAAAAACGAUACAAACAAACUUAUUUGAUUGCUAAGUGAGAAUGAAUAGUGAGCUGUCAAUCAGAAAUAUAAACUUGCCAAAUACCUACAUAAAAACACAACAAAACUACCCUUUUGAGCACAUAACGUCUCUUUCAAUUUUUACCCACCACUCGCAAGGAUGCAAGGAAAUGAAUCUCAUAUCACCUCAAAUAAAUUUAAAACAAAUAAGAGUCGGGACUCUACAUAAUAUUAGUUGUCUAUGGUACGAGAGACCUGACAUGUGCAUUUGCAAUGCAUAAACAUAAACAGAUUCCUAAUCUUGAAAAUUCUGGAGAUUGUUUUGGUCUAUUGAUUUUUCUCUGGCUUGCGCUGGGUUAAUUCUUUGGUACAAAUUGCUUAUGACUUUCUUAUGAGUUAUGACUCAAUCAAGUGCUUUUCUAUUAUUAUUGUUGUCAUUUAACCCUACAAUUACUCGGAAAUUAUUUAAAAGUUCAGGUGUAUUGUGAAAAAAUAAGUCUUCAAUUAAAACAAGAAAAAAAAAAGUUUCAAUAAAUAAAAUGGGUGGAGCACAAUCUUUGAAUAUUAACCAACAAAUGUCUCCGAAAAAGAAUCAGGAAUCUAUCUCAGAAAUGAAUCGCAUAAAAAUUGAACGAUGGAUACAGAUGCACUAUCAAAUAAAAGAACGUGAGGUAGCUAUGAGCUUAGCUAGGAAUCGUGAAUUAUUCUUUUGGAUUACCGGAUUUUGGACAACAUCAGCUAUAGCUUGUAUCUCGUACUACCAACGGGUGCGACGAGUUACAGUCCUAGCCCCUAUUCUUCCAUUUACGUUUAUAACGGCCUAUUAUGCGGACUUGGCGUACGGUAGCAAGUUGCAUCGGAUUCUUGCUGAAGCGGAUAUGAUAAUGCAACGUGAACAAGAACAACUUCAAUGGCCUGGAGGAUUACCAACAGUUGCCAGCAUAGACGAAGCUCGUGUGGAAGUGGAAAUGGAAAAAAAAAUGCAUCCGCAUCCUUCAUAGAAUUGUAGUGAUUUAAUUUGAGAUUAAAGUAUUAUUUGUAUCUAAUA